GGGGUAGAAGGCUCUCCCGGAACUCUGCAGCCGCAUCGGCUCUGAUAAUUUCAACAUCGGGGUUCGGUCCAACAUGGCGGCUUACGGAUGGAAAUACUGAUGACAGUCCGAAAGAUCGCCUCGAUUUGUACGAUGGGCGCCAAUGCCUCUGCCUUGGAAAAGGAGAUUGGACCGGAACAGUUUCCCGUUAAUGAACACUACUUUGGAUUGGUCAAUUUCGGCAACACCUGCUACUGUAACUCAGUGCUGCAGGCUCUGUAUUUCUGUCGACCGUUCAGGGAGAAGGUGCUGGCGUACAAGGUGCAGCCGCGUCGGAAGGAGUCCCUCCUCACCUGUCUGGCCGACCUGUUCAACAGCAUCGCCACGCAGAAGAAGAAGGUCGGGGUCAUCCCUCCCAAGAAAUUCAUCUCGCGGCUGAGAAAGGAAAAUGAGCUGUUUGACAACUACAUGCAGCAGGACGCCCACGAGUUCCUCAACUACCUCCUCAACACCAUCGCAGACCUGCUCCAGGAGGAGAAGAGCCAGGAGCGCCAGCAGAAUGGAAAACUGGUGCAGAAUGGCGGAGGGGGAGGAGGUGGAGGAGGAAGUGCAGGAGGAGGAGGAGGAGGAAGUGAGGGAGGAGGAGAAGGGGAAGGAGGAAAGGAGACGCAACAGACUUGGGUCCAUGAGAUCUUCCAGGGAACACUGACCAAUGAGACGCGCUGCCUCAACUGUGAAGCUGUGAGCAGUAAAGACGAGGACUUCCUGGAUCUGUCGGUGGAUGUGGAGCAGAACACCUCCAUCACACACUGUCUCAGGGGCUUCAGCAACACAGAGACAUUAUGUAGUGAAUACAAAUACUACUGUGAGCAGUGUCGCAGCAAACAGGAAGCCCAGAAAAGGAUGAGGGUGAAGAAGCUACCCAUGAUCCUCGCUCUCCACCUGAAGCGCUUUAAGUACAUGGACCAGCUGCACCGCUACACCAAACUGUCCUAUCGCGUCGUCUUCCCCCUGGAGCUCCGCCUCUUCAACACGUCCGGGGACGCCACCAACCCCGACCGCAUGUACGACCUGGUGGCUGUCGUUGUACACUGUGGCAGUGGUCCCAACCGCGGACACUACAUCACCAUCGUCAAGAGCCACGGCUUCUGGCUGCUGUUUGAUGACGACAUCGUAGAGAAAAUCGACGCGCAGGCGAUCGAGGAGUUCUACGGCCUGACGUCGGACAUUUCCAAGAACUCUGAGUCAGGAUACAUCCUGUUCUACCAGUCCAGAGACUGAACCAGCCAGCGGUAAAUCCCCUGACAGACUGUCACUCAACAGAGGGGGAGGCGCUUAUGGCUGCCACCGACUCCGCCCAGUACGCUCACAUAAGUAUCCAGGCUUUAUUCCCUGUAGGCGGAGCUUUGCACUGGAGCGCCACUCGGAUCGGUUGAGACGUGUUCAGGUCGCGUGCCAGCCUCCUGGAUUCAAACCCUCUGAGCCCACACUGCAAAAAAAAAAAAAAAAAAAAAAAAAAAGCACCUUAACAAAACAAGAUGGCCGAAUCCGUAACAUUCGCUUUGCACUGGGGCAUCAGCUGGGAAGACUGAGCAACGCCAAUCCAAGAGGCUGUCAUCACCGUGUGCACAGCGGGCCACUUCGGAGGUAAAAGCAGUUUGAGACGAUGCAGAGUAACCAAUCAACUGUUUCGGACGAGACGCUUAAGCAACCUCUGAUUGUAAUCCUCCUCGUCACGGUAACCAUCAGUGUCCUCACAGUCUUUAGUGUUUUUCGUGUGCAUAUUAUACCGUGCUAAAUUAGCCUUUACGCUAACACACAGGUAGUUUUUUUUGCAGAGUUUUUCUGCGUUCACCCCAGAAAACUCCCCAAAAAAAUCAUUCCGGAGACGGAGACACUAACAUCUGACGUCCCACCUGACACAGCCUUUAGGGACCGAACAGCCUGGACGUGGACAUGGAGCGCAGCGCGGCGAUGCAGUUGCUAAUUUGCAGUGUUUGUAUCAUGGAGUGGUGCUAGCAACAUAUAGUGUUAAAAGGCGGAGCCACCAGAGAGAUGUUGACAAAUCUGUCAGAGGGGCUCAUUAUUUCUGUAUUUUAUGUACGAAAAAAAUCCAAUAAUUACUUUUAUUCUGAAAUUUGGAAACAAGAAAAUUGGGACAAAUCUAAUUCAACUUUUCUAUGUUAAAGCUUCUAUCGUUUAUCAAAGAGGGCCUUGUUUUCUUUAAACUUAAAUUUAUAAAAAUCGACACGAUUUUCAAGAAAAAUUGGUAAAAAAAAAAAACCCAAAAAAACAAC